UCCGCUGUCGGCUCGGCUAUCUCCGCCCACUCUUCGGAUAAGGCCGUGAAGUUCCGCCACCACUUCGGGAACUUCCGCCGGUUCGGUCGGAAAUGGCCGAAGACGUGAGAGAUCCAGCGGUUUAAGGGAGAAGACCGGCCGGCUUCUCGGAACAAACCAACUGUGUCGGGACCGGAGGGGGGGGGAGCAGGGGAGGGCGGGCGGCGGGGGAAGACAAGGCAGCGGCGAUGGCUCCCCCCCCAGCCCCGCGCGGAGAGCGGCGCGGCGGGCACCGGGACCGCGGCUCCGCCGGGAGGGAGAAGUGAGAGCGCCAGGAGGCUUUGGACAAAAGAGUAGAGAGCUGGGUACAGAAGAGACAGUUUCCAGUUCUCCAGUUCAUCACCUUGUACGGAGAAGAACCUUUGAGAUCAGCACUUAGAGAAGGAAGAAGAAUAGUGAAGGAUUCAAUGUGUAAUGCAGGACAGAUCUGAACCAAGGAGCUGAGGUGCAGAAGGCAUGACAGAGCAUCAGCCGCACAGCAGCGAGAGACUGACAUUCGUAUUAAACUCUUCUGGCUCCUUCUCCACAAUGGCUGGUGCCUCUGCAUAUUCAUUGGAUGGUAAUGCAGGAUGUUGAGAGCAGCAGUAGAGUUUGGCUCGAUCCCAUUGUGUUUUUCUUGUGCCGGUUGAGACUUUGAAUCACCAUGACAACGCUGUGACACUUCCAGCAACGGUUGCCGGCAGACCAAGGGUGGGCUGGGGGUGGGUGAGAAGGUCAAUGAUCGAGUCUAACUGGAUCAAAAGUUGUGCUUACAGCAAAACGACUGCAGAAAAGCUGUCAGCACGACAAGAAGAUGAAAUUCCCCUUCCAUUGGCUUCUUGUUAAGCAGGAACAAUAACUUUUUUUGUCAAGAAACUUGCUAUAGAAACUCUUUUGGUUAUGGCUACUGAUCCAACGUGAUUGGUCACGCAGCGACUUUUGAACUCAUGACUGGUUAUACGAUGUUGCGAAAUGGGGGAGUGGGGAAUGGAGGCCAGCCGUGGGUGUUGAGAUGGUCCAGUCGGAUCCGGCUCACCUGGCUUAGUUUCACCCUCUUCAUUAUCCUUGUCUUCUUUCCCCUCAUUGCCCACUACUACCUAACCACCAUCGAUGACGCGGACGAUGCGGGCAAGCGCAUCUUUGGCCCUCGGACCGGCAACGAGCUGUGCGAGGUAAAGCACGUGCAAGACCUGUGCCGCAUCCGCGAGUCGGUCAGCGAGGAGCUGCUCCAGCUGGAGGCCAAGCGGCAGGAGCUCAACAGCGAGAUCGCCAAGCUCAACCUGAAGAUCGAGGCCUGCAAGAAGAGCAUUGAAAAUGCCAAGCAGGACCUGCUGCAGCUGAAGAACGUCAUCAGCCAGACUGAGCAUUCCUACAAAGAGCUGAUGGCUCAGAACCAGCCCAAGCUCUCCCUGCCCAUCCGGCUGCUGCCAGACAAAGACGAUGCAACCUUCCCCCUGCCAAAAUCCAACCGGAACUGCAGGCUACACAACUGCUUUGACUACUCGCGCUGCCCGUUGACAUCUGGCUUUCCAGUGUAUGUCUACAACAGUGACGAUUACCCUUUUGGUAGCUCAUUAGACCCUUUAAUUAAACAAGCCUUUGAGGCGACUGUCAGAACUAAUGUAUAUGUUACUGAAAAUGCAGAUAUUGCUUGUGUAUAUAUAAUUUUAGUGGGGGAAAUGCAAGAGCCUGUAAUGCCAAAACCUACUGAACUAGAGCAACAGUUGCACUCUUUGCCAUAUUGGAGGACUGAUGGACAUAACCAUCUCAUCAUCAAUUUAUCAAGGAAAUCAGAAACUCAGAACUUCAUUUACAACAUCAGCACAGGGCGUGCCAUGGUUGCCCAGUCCACGUUUUAUGAUGUGCAGUUUCGACCGGGGUUUGAUAUUGUGAUAUCACCUCUGGUCCAUGCUAUGUCUGAACCCAACUUCCUCGAAAUCCCGCCCCAGGUGCCAGUCAAGCGUAAAUAUUUGUUUAGUUUCCAGGGGGAGAAGAUCGAGUCUCUCAGAUCUAGCUUGCAAGAGGUUCGCUCUUUUGAAGAGGAGAUAGAAGGCAAUGCUCCAGCUGACUAUGACGACCGGAUCAUCACCACCUUGAAGGCUGUUCAGGACAGCAAGUUGGACUUUGUUUUGGUGGAGUUCACGUGUAAGAACCAGCCUAAGGCGAGUCUGCCCACUGAGUGGGCUCUGUGUGGAGAAAGGGAUGACAGACUAGAGCUACUGAAGCUAUCUACUUUUGCACUGAUAAUCACCCCUGGGGACACCCAUUUGGUGAUCUCUGCCGGGUGUGCCAUGAGACUGUUUGAAGCUCUGGAAGUUGGAGCCAUCCCCGUGGUUCUUGGAGAGCAAGUUCAGCUACCCUAUAAUGAUGUGAUCCGGUGGAACGAGGCAGCCUUAAUCAUACCAAAGCCACGUAUCACAGAAGUGCACUUUCUUCUGAGAAGCAUUUCUGACAACGAUCUCCUUGCCAUGAGGAGGCAGGGCCGCUUCUUGUGGGAGACCUACUUCUCCACCUCUGACAACGUGUUCAGCACAGUCUUAGCUAUCAUAAGGACUCGAAUCCAAAUCCCAGCUGCUCCAAUCCGAGAAGAAGCGGCUGUGGAGAUUCCCCACCGGUCUGGUAAAGCUGCUGGUACAGACCCCAAUAUGGCAGACAAUGGUGACCUGGACUUAGGGCCUGUGGAAACAGAACCACCCUAUGCAUCUCCCAGAUAUCUCCGCAAUUUCACCCUAACUGCAAUGGACAUGUACAGGAAUUGGAAUUCUGCUCCGGGGCCUUUCCACCUCUUCCCCUACACUCCCUUUGACCCUGUUUUACCAUCUGAAGCAAAAUUUUUGGGGUCUGGGACUGGAUUUCGACCAAUUGGUGGAGGAGCAGGUGGCUCUGGGAAGGAGUUCCAGGCCGCUUUGGGUGGCAAUGUCCCCCGGGAGCAGUUCACAGUAGUGAUGUUGACUUACGAGCGGGAGGAAGUGUUGAUGAACUCCUUAGAAAGGCUCAAUGGUCUCCCAUACUUAAAUAAAGUUGUGGUCGUGUGGAACUCUCCCAAGCUUCCCUCUGAGGAUCUCUUGUGGCCAGACAUUGGCGUCCCAAUUAUGGUUGUCCGCACAGAGAAAAACAGCCUGAACAACCGGUUCCUGCCAUGGGAUGAGAUUGAGACAGAGGCCAUCCUGUCCAUCGAUGACGAUGCUCACCUGCGCCACGACGAGAUCAUGUUUGGGUUCCGAGUCUGGAGAGAGGCAAGGGACCGCAUUGUUGGCUUCCCGGGGCGCUACCACGCGUGGGACAUCCCCCAUCAGUCCUGGCUCUACAACUCCAACUAUUCUUGCGAGCUCUCCAUGGUUCUCACUGGUGCUGCCUUCUUCCACAAGUACUACGCCUACCUGUACUCCUACGUGAUGCCACAAGCCAUCCGUGACAUGGUGGAUGAGUACAUCAACUGUGAGGACAUUGCCAUGAACUUCUUGGUCUCUCACCUGACAAGAAAACCUCCCAUAAAGGUGACCUCCCGCUGGACUUUCCGCUGCCCUGGGUGCCCCCAGGCACUUUCGCAUGACGACUCUCACUUCCACGAACGACACAAGUGCAUCAACUUCUUCGUCAAGGUGUAUGGGUACAUGCCCCUCCUGUACACCCAGUUCCGCGUGGACUCGGUCCUCUUCAAGACCCGCCUGCCCCACGACAAGACAAAAUGCUUCAAGUUCAUCUAGAAGCGGGAGCAGCCGGGCGCCCUCGGCUCUCCGAACUUAAGCCAGAGGCAGGUGAGGGCGGAGGGUGGUUUCUUGGCAGGGCUGUGAGUGCAAAAAGCCUUUUGCUGUUGAUUCCGGCCUCCCUGCCACGGGGCAAAAUCUGGGAUUUGGAUGGGAACGUUUCCCCCUCCCUUCCCGCUCUCCCCACAGCGACUCAACUGAGCGACAGGGAACAGGUUCUCAUGGCUUCUGUAAGGACACUCCCUAGGAUCGUACACUGAGGAAUGGCACGUUGGCUAGUGGCUCUGCCCCUUCGCUAGCCAAGGGCAAACUUUCUUUUUAAUUAUAAUUAUUGUUAUUUAAAAUGAAAGUGUUUUAGAUUUGC